AUGAACGCCGAUGCAUCCGACGACGAAGUGCCAAGUCUCAUUGAACCAGAAACCACCACCAAAGUCUCGAAUGACCAAGGUGAUGAAGUUCCAACACUUGUGGGCGGUUCAGAUGAUGCACCACAGAAGAAAGUUCCCAUCACUAUAGUCACUGGAUAUCUUGGCGCUGGCAAAACGACUUUACUCAACUACAUUUUGACCGAGGAACAUGGAAAGAGAAUUGCUGUUAUUCUCAACGAGUUUGGUGAUUCAAUCGACAUUGAGAAGCAACUCACCGUCUCUGACGCAAACUCCACAUCCGCCCAACCAGCCCCCUUUGUCCCACUAGCAAACGGCUGCAUAUGCUGCUCCGUAAAAGACAUCGGCGUCGCUGCAAUCGAAAACCUAAUGGAGCAAUCCGGCCUCUUCGACUACAUCCUCCUCGAAACCACCGGUCUCGCGGAUCCAGGUAACAUUGCCCCCAUGUUCUGGCUCGACGACGGCCUCGGCAGCAGCAUCUACCUCGACGGCAUCGUCACCCUCGUCGACGCCAAAAACGUGCUCAAAAGCCUCGACGAAGGCCUCGGCGACGACGAAGAAAAACUCCAGUCGCAAAAGAAUGCCCACGACGAUCACCACGGUCCCUUACUCACAACCGCCCACCUCCAAAUCAGCCACGCAGACGUCGUCAUAAUCAACAAAACCGACCUCGUCACCCCCGACGAACUCGCCCAAGUAACCAACCGCGUCCGCUCGAUAAACGGCCUAGCCCGCAUCAAAACAACAACAAAAAGCCAAAUCCCAGACCUCCAAGGCCUCGUCCUCGACCUCCACGCUUACGAUCAAGUCACAGAGGCAGAUCUAGCUUUUGCAUCAAAAGGCCACUCCCACCUCGAUCCAUCCAUUGCUACUUCGACAAUUACCUUCCCCGCUUUAUCCCGUGAGCAAGUAGACAAGUACGAUUUCUUUCUGCGUACACUGCUGUGGGAGGAGACGCUACCCAACGAUGUCCCUCAUAAGCCGUUUGAAAUUCACAGGCUGAAGGGACGGGCGCCGGUUGAAGGGGGGAAAGUGCUUCUGACGCAGGGUGUGCGGAGUAUCUACGACACUAAUGAGUUGGAGGGUGAUGCUGCGGAGGGGAGUACAGAGGGGAAGUUGGUGCUUAUUGGGAGGGGUGUGGAGCAAGAGGGGUUUGGGCAGAGUUUGAAACAAGUGUUGGGGUUGUGA